AUGGCGCCGUUCAAGUUUCGAUUUUCAAAAAUGGGCAAAUCCCGAAGCAAAGGAAGCCGAAGCGACAGCAGCGAGUACGAAGACGUGGGAUCAAGCUUAGAUUUCGGAGGAGCGAGCAACCCCGGUACUCCCGGAACAGAAUUCAACGUGAUGUCGCUUCCAAACGAGCCGCAAACCCCCCUGACAAAUUCUCCGCCUCCCUCUUACGAGCACGUGCUGCAAGAGACACAGUUGAGACGCACGCCGAGUGAAGUUGAAGAGGGUGAAGAGGAGUUCGCUGAGGCUGAAAACGACGGCAACGUGACUGUAACGGAGAGUGUGGUACUGAGCAGCAAGGGCAGAAUGCUGACAUCCGGAGUAAGCAGGGUGAGCGGCGAGGGUGAGGCCAGUUUGGUCGGCAACAAGAUUAUCGUCAAGGGCCCGGAGAUACUCCACAAGUCCAGCAAGGAGCUGUAUCGCGCCAUCGCCAAGCAGUGCGGAAUCACCUGCAAGAUGAGUGAUCAAUGUCGGUGCUUAGACUGCCAGAGCCACUACUUUGAUUGCGAGUACGACAAAGACGAGCUGGAAAAGACUGACGGCGGACUAGGAGCUGGUACUCCGAUGUUCAUCGCCGAAGUCAUGCAUGGAACAGCUUGUGUUCUCCUCUAA